AUGCUUUUUCUAAACAUUCUAAGUAUAUUCUGGCUGAUCGAAGCAAGUGAGGCGAAAUAUGUCGAGGGGCAUCUGAAAACCAGUGCGGAUUGGGCUUUUCUGGCCAGAUUUUGCUUUCUAUCUAACCAUGGUCACUACCAGUAUGAAAUCGAGUACGAGAAACGGAUUGGCGAGCUGAAAUUACUGCUUUACUACGAUGACAAAACGCAGUGGCCAGCGGUGUAUAAAACCGACAAGACUUGCAACGAAAAAUUGUCCGUCCUGAGUGCGAUUGAUAAUCAAAUUGUACCGCUGACCUACCGGAAUCAUUUAUACUCCGGAUGCACAAUGGUAACAGCAAGCACGAAGGACAGCGGUGGCAUCCUGCGAAAGCCAGCUUCGGAGCCGAAUCCGGAGCGGACACCGCCUAAAGAGGACGAUUCCUUUUCGUAUGAUCAGUUCCUAAAAUCCAGUACCACAGAGUCGAGCAUCGGAACCGAUGGCUAUGAGACAAACUUUACGGAAAUUGAUUUGGCUACCAUGGAAACGAAUGCCACCGAGCUGGACGGUGGAAUAAUCCUGGUUCAAAAUGUAGGCUACAACAAUUUGGAGAACAGCACCGACUAUAAGGUGUUGGUCGAAGAAUUGUUCCCAAAUGGUGAUAGUACUGCAAAUGUGAGCCGAAUUCGUCGAGCAACCAAACUGGAUAAAUUGAUUGUUAGAUGUGCGAAUCACGGUACUUUUACCAGUUCGAGACAGAGGUGGUGGUACAUAGCGAUCGCUAACUGUGGAAGUAACAAAGGUUUAGACGUGGUGUAUAGGUUCCGGAUGACAAAUGGACCUCUCGGUGAUUUUUGGCACGAGCACUUCUCAGCUGAUGAAAUGUAUAUUCCUCCAAUAUUACUGGUGGAGUCGAUUUGUUACACGCUGCUCCUACUGGCAGUGUUUUUGUGUGCAAUCGAACUUAAGACACGUCAUUUAUAUCACUGCACCUAUCGCCUGUUUGCACUGAGUGUUCUGCUGCAGUGGUUCGGAAUUCUUUUACUGAGUGUAACCUGGGCGAAAUAUGCCGUCUCUGGAGUUGGACCUUUCACCAGCUUCGGAGGAUUCUUCACAAGUGCCAGUGAAAUCACGUUCCUUCUGCUACUACUAUUGAUGGCCAAGGGCUACACAAUUACUCGAGCCAGAUUGAAGACCUGCGCCACUGUUAAGAUUACAGUUUUCACCAAUCUUUACGCCAUCGUCUACAUUUCCUUGUACAUCUAUCAAGCGGAAGCUUUCGAUCCCGGAGAAGUUCUCAACCUUUAUGAGUCUCCUGCUGGAUUUGGACUGGCCGGUUUGCGUUGCGUUAGUUGGUUAUUCUUCAUCUACUCGUGUGCUGCCACAAUACGGAAAUUCACGGAGAAAGGUGCAUUCUACUAUCCAUUCUCUCUACUUGGAUCUAUGUGGAUAAUGAGCGGGCCAGUGUUAACCGUGAUUGGAGUGAAUGUUCUCGAUCCAUGGGUUAGAGAAAGUGUGAUGCACGGUGCCCUCGGAAUGGUAGCAUUCGCGGGUCACUUGGCGUUUCUAUGGCUGACGUGGCCUUCGAGAGCUAACAAAAGUUUCCCGUACCACGUCAGAACAAACCACGUCGGUAUAUCUACUGUCGAUGAUGAGGUGACCUAUCCCAGGCAUACGUAUGAACCAGCACCACCGGAAACCGGUAUCAUUAUUCCGCUAUCGAGCAAUACGGGCACACUGAAUGGAAUCUACGACCAGUAUCUGCGUGAACGGAAUGUAUACCACAGUGCCUCAACUCCGGUCAGUUACGUAUCGUUCCCUGCAACGGCGAAAAACUUCAAGCCUCACGCUACAAACCAUCACAGCCACAACAAUCACGGUCGAAUGCUUUCCCGUCCUCAACAGUCCACCAGCAGUGAUUCCGUGGUCGACGACAAUCAUUCGUCACAUAUGUUCAGUCCACCGGAAAGUGCUCCGCAGAGUUUGGCAAUCAAUAACAACAAUGACGACAAUAACAACUUCGGAAAUGACAUCCUAGUAGAUUCUGGUCACCCUUCUCUGGAUAUUUCCAUUUCCACAAGUCCUCCGAAGCACGAUGGACACGAAGCGCUAAGCAAUGGCAAUCUUAACACAAGUGAUCACGCGAAGUCAGGACCGGAGGAAUCAAAUCAGCGACCAACGGUGACUCCUUCUGCACCACCCGCGUCCGAUGAGCUGAACAUAAACAGUCCCCGGGUAGAACCGAAACCGUUCAAUCCGUUCAUCGUAGGAGCAGCUUCAUUGUCCGCUGCGGAAGAACAACGUCGGUUGUCAAAUAAAAUACUGCUACCAAGCCUGCGAGGAGGUAACCACCAGCAUAAUCAACAUCCGCACACCGAAGGAACCACUGUUCCGAAACAUCUGUUCGCAGCUAAACGCGACGAAGGCGCCGGCUAG